AUGGAUCGACUGGAUGAUUGGAGCUUCAAGUCCAAAAAAAUGGACCUGGAGGAGGAUUUCUACUUCGACUACAGAGCGGAGGAAAUGACAGAUUAUCAGGACCCCAGUGAACUUGUGGUUGCUUUGAAACAAAAGGAGGAAGAGGUUAUUUUGGCAGCCCAGCUGGGAAACGCAUUGCUUCUUGAAAACUGUCAGUUGAAAGAGCGGAGCGACAAACUUCACGAACAAUACGCAGACAAGCUGGAGGAGCUGGAGCAGGGCAGGCAUGAGCUGCGGCUGAAACUGGAGGGCAGCCAGUCCCAGUGGGAGAGCCAGGUGGUGGACCUGGAGAGGGAUGUGAGGGAGCUGAGCGCCCAGGUGGAGCGCCUCACCCGGGCCCUCAGCGAGGCUGAGAGGGACAAGAGUCGAGCCGAGCUGGAGCACAGCGAGCACACGCAGCGACUCAGGGAGCAGCUCAACACUGCGAUGGAGGUGGAGAGAGCCAUGUCCGGUGAGCUGCAGGCUCUGAAACAGGAGCUCCAACAAAAAGGAAGCCACAACAGGCUGCAGGACGAGGAGCUGAUCAGUGCCAUGAGGGAGCAGGUGCUGCGUCUCACCCAGAAGGAGCAGGUGCUGGAGGAGCGUUUGGAGAGUGUGUCUCAGGAAAACAAUGAGCUGAGGGCGAAUUUGGCUUCUUUACACACACGCCUGGCUCUGCACGACCAACUCAAACAACAGCAAAGCCAGCAGCUAGCGGAGGCGCAGCAGCAGAUGGAGGCGGUGCAGGGUCGCUCACAGCAGCUGCAGGCUCAGGUGGAGGAGCUUCAGGAGGAGGUGUACCUGCAGGAAGGCAGGAGCCAAGGAGACGCCUCCCUGCUGUCCGAGCUGGAGAGCAGCAUGGAGACGGCAGGGCUGGGAGUCGGCGAAGUAGAGAUAACGCAAGAAAUGGGGUCCAUCCUUCAGUUACUGCUCCCACUGACCCAGGAACUGAACAGCUCAGGGAGGUCAGAGGUCGUGGAUCAACAGGAGGACCUGAAGGCCACGCUGCAUCAGCUGAAGGGAGUGGCCCAAACCCUGGCACAGGCACCCAGCCCUCAGGACCUGAAUCAAGCUUUUGUCGUCAGGACGGGCGAUCAGUGUGGGUAUCCGAGCGCAGCCCAGGACCUGAGAGAUCAGAACGUCCAGCUGCAGGAGGAAAACACUGAGCUGAGGCAGAAGCUGCAGGCCGUGCAGGAACAGGCUGAAGUCAUCCAGCAGGCCAUCAGAGACCGAGAUGAAGCCAUAGCCAAAAAGAACAUGAUGGAGGCUGAGUUGGUGAGAAGUAAAAACGACAUGAUGUCUCUGAACAACCAGUUAUUAGAAGCCAUCCAACGUAAACUGGAGCUGUCACAGGAACUAGAGGCCUGGCAGGACGAUAUCCAGAUCAUCAUCAACCAGCAGCUCAAGUCCCAGCAGCAGUCGGAGCAUCCUCAGAAGAAGGCCACCUCCAACAGCAUGUCCUUCUUCCGCAGGCCCAGCAGGACGGCCUCCACCUGGAGUUCAGAUGCUAAUCAGGGCAAAGUCCAAUCACCUUGGAGGGACUGGUUAAGACGGGGGAAAGGGGCAAAUAAUGGACAGUGAGUGCUAUACCCACCGCUUGACUGCUGAGGAGAGGAUGUACCGGGAGGACAGGAACGAGGGAAGUCUUAAGUGCUGCUUCCCGUACAUCAUGUGUGGUGCAAUGAAGCCAUAAAGACACUUUUAAUUCAGUGACGAACAGCGGAGCCACUGCGGACAAAGACUUCUUAAAUAGGCCCUUACUUGUAUACAUUUCACUGAGAGGCUGAGCCUUCCUAACAAUCUAAACUGUGACAACCUGGAACACUAUUUUUUUUCCCCACAGAAUUAAAUUAGAAGGUUUGCUUGAGACUGUAAAUAUCAUGCCUUAUUUUGUAUUAUUGUGAAUGUCUUUAUGUCUGAGACUUUAUAUGGUAUACAUGGUAGCUAUAGAUCACUGGAGAGUAUUUGUUCAGAUUAUUUAAUGUCACAGAUCAAAGAGAGAUAGAAGUACGGUCAGGAAAUAAACAAUCAAACAAUUCAUUCACAAUUGUGCUGACUUGUGUCUUUACAUAUCAAGUUUGAUGUGAGAAGUUACAUUUUUUCAGAUUUGCUCAAAAACUUAAUAUGUAAAAAUCUUGAUUGUAUAAGAAACACUGUAUGUCUUCAUGUACACUGAGAUAGCUGUUAUGUUUUUAAAAAAUGUUUUUUGUUUUUGUUCUCUGAAUGAUGACUUUAUGUGGUAUGAGUCUGUACAGCAGACACGUGUAUGAGAUCUGUGAUUCAGUGUUCAAUAUUAAAGCUGAACAGUACAAUCUG